AACAAAAAAAAAAAAAAAAAAUUUAAUAUAUACGUAAAAGCGAAAGUUCUACAAAUUAUACCAAAUAUUUGUAAAUAAAAUUUAAGAAAUGUCACCCUCAAGUACUACCAAGGAUUACCUAGAGCUUACUAUACCCACCGUUAAUAAUACACCGACCGCCACUUUUUUGGAUACAGUUACUGUGCUGCCAAAUAAGAUGGACGUAUGGAUGAAUCAAUUGCAAAAAGAUCAUCCCGAGAUCUCUUUCGUGAUACCCAAUCAUCGCGAUAACCAACAUAUCGAUAAUAUGAUGAAUUUUAAACGUUUACUCGAACAAGUGGGCAAUACUGCAUAUGAUAGUAUCGGUAUGAAACAUCAUACCCCAGCUUUAUUAGAUUCGUAUGGUCAUACAAUUACUGGUGAGCAGAUAUCGAAAACCGCUGUCCUAGAUAUGGCUGCACUAAAGCAGUCUGCCAUGAAUGGCUUCGAAAGAUUUUUUCUUGGUACGGACAUGAAUACAUUAGUUAAUUAUUUAUGGAUCGGUAUCGUCACAUCAUUAGUGAUACUAUCAGUUGUGUUUAUAUUAUUUAGUUGUUAUUUUUAUCGGAAAUUUCGUGAAUGGAAAAAAUGCAAUAAAGAUAUACGUUCCCGUUUGAAUCAUGGUGUUUACACAACCGGCCAUUUGGUACCAUGUGACAGUGCAACCGAUGUCGAAGCGGCCUUUUAUCAAAUGGAAUCUUCACGAUCGUCAUUACCACCGCCAUGUUACACCAUAGCCACAGGUUUGCCUACUUACGAUGAGGCAAUUCAUAAUCGUAAUCAACAACCUCAGCAUAAGCAUUUCACUUUUGGUAUGAAAUUUGUUUAUCCUGCUCUCACUGUCGUACAUCCUUCAGCGGUCAAUUCGAUUAGUUCGUGGGAGAAACAUGAUUUAAAAUUAUCAGAAAAUAUUGAAAAAUCAAAUCAUCGAGACAAACAAGUCCUAGUCAAUGAAGAUCAGCAACAGAAACGUGAUGAGUUAACUGCGAUUGCGAUUGCGUCUCCGCUAUACGAUGCAACAACAGCGGCCGCGGCUUUACUUACCGACAAAAUCAUGGAUGGUAUCACUGAUUCUGCAACAUUAGAUAUUACAAAAAAUUACACCGACACUGUCGGUUAUAGUAAUGGUUAUGAAAUAAAUAGUUUGAGAGAUUUAACAGAUAUCGUUACGGUUUGAUUAUCUGUUGUACAAAGCGAACAAAAUAUGAGCGAAUUCGAGUCAUUAAACAUAUUGUAAAUAGUAUGUAAAUAAUAAUAAUAAUAUUGUAAUAAUAAUAAUAAUAAUA